AUGGCGGAAAAAUUGAAAACCAACCAACUCGUAUUAUAUAAGAGCUAACUGCUAACCGUUCUUUAUUCUUUAGAUUGCAGUUGAAUCUGACAAAAAGAAGCAUCUGAUUUUAUUGGUUCUGAGUGAUGAAUUCUCAAGUGGAGGAAACAUUGCUCUUGGAGAAAAGAAGCAGAGGACCAUAUACCGGAGAUGGAUCGGUUGAUAUCAAUGGAGAUCCAGCUCUUAAGCAUAAGACUGGAAAUUGGAGAGCAUGUCCCUUUAUUCUAGGUAAUGAAUGCAGCGAACGUUUGGCAUACUAUGGAAUUGCAACCAACCUUGUCACUUAUCUGACCAAUAAAUUACAUGAAGGAAAUGCAUCUGCUGCACGAAAUGUUACAACUUGGCAAGGAACUUGCUACCUUGCACCCCUCAUUGGAGCAGUUUUAGCAGAUGCAUAUUGGGGAAGAUACAGGACAAUUGCAGUUUUCUCCACAAUAUACUUUAUUGGAAUGUGUACUUUGACCCUCUCAGCUUCAAUUCCUGCCUUAAAGCCUCCUUCAUGUGUGGGGUCUUUUUGCCCAGUGGCAACUCCAGCACAGUACGCUAUAUUCUUUUUUGGGCUAUAUCUGAUUGCACUAGGGACUGGUGGGAUUAAGCCUUGUGUUUCAUCCUUUGGGGCAGAUCAGUUUGAUGAUACUGAUCGAAGAGAGAGAGUUAAGAAGGGAUCUUUCUUCAAUUGGUUUUACUUUUCUAUCAACAUUGGGGCUCUCAUAUCAAGUAGUUUACUUGUAUGGGUACAAGAUAAUCUUGGAUGGGGCCUUGGAUUUGGUAUACCUACAGUGUUCAUGGGUCUUGCCAUUAUAAGUUUUCUCUCAGGCACGUCUCUUUAUAGAUUUCAGAAGCCAGGUGGAAGCCCUCUUACAAGAAUUUGUCAAGUUGUGGUUGCAUCUCUCAGAAAGUGGAAUUUGGAACUUCCUCGUGAUAGUUCUCUCUUGUACGAAUUGCCAAACAAAACCUCUGCUAUUGAAGGGAGUCGGAAAUUGGAGCAUAGUGAUGAACUGAAGUUUCUUGACAAAGCUGCUUUGGUGACAGAUCUUGAAUCUAAAAAUGAUGGAUUUUCCGAUCCAUGGAGACUCUGCUCUGUAACACAGGUGGAGGAGUUGAAGAUACUAAUCCGCAUGUUUCCUAUCUGGGCUACAGGCAUUGUCUUCUCUGCUGUCUAUGCUCAGAUGUCUACCAUGUUUGUGGAACAGGGAAUGGUUAUGGACACCACCAUCGGUUCCUUCACCAUUCCUCCAGCAUCUCUAUCAACUUUCGAUGUAUUUAGUGUCAUUGUUUGGGUCCCAAUCUAUGACAGAUUCCUUGUCCCAGUUGCAAGGAAGUUCACAGGUAUUGAGAGUGGCUUCUCAGAGUUGCAAAGGAUGGGUAUUGGCCUCUUUAUAUCAAUAUUGUCCAUGAUAGCAGCUGCAUUAGUAGAGACGAAACGGUUGCAGGUUGCAAAGGACCUCGGUUUGGUGAACCAUGGGGAGGUGGUGCCAAUUAGUAUUUUCUGGCAGAUACCUCAGUAUGUCUUAGUGGGGGCUUCAGAAAUAUUUACCUUCAUUGGGCAGCUCGAGUUUUUCUAUGAUCAAUCUCCAGAUGCCAUGAGGAGUCUAUGUAGUGCACUGGCACUGCUUACAACAGCAUUGGGUAAUUACCUAAGCUCUUUUAUUCUUACCAUUGUAACAACAAUAACGACCAAAGGCGGAAAGCCCGGAUGGAUACCUGAUAACCUGAAUGAGGGGCAUCUUGAUCAUUUCUUCUUGCUCAUAGCUGGCCUAAGCCUCUUGAACCUGCUGGUUUACAUCUUCUGUGCCAAGAACUACAAAUGCAAGAAGGCAUCUUAGGGGUACUCAAACAAAAUGGUAGAAAGCGAUUUCCUAGAAAUUUAUCUGUGGCGAAAUCUGUGAUUUCAGGUUUGUUCGUAGUUUUAUCAUAUGACAGCAUCACGGGCUGCAGGCCUGGAUGGUUUAAAAAUAUCUGAAGAUGAUUUAACAAGGUGUAAACGGAUCAAAGGGGGGCAUUGAUUCCUCCACCUCAGAAAUUUUUGUGUUUGUACAGUUGGGAA